AUGUCUAAAGCCUUCGAUAAAGUUAAUCAUGAGCUGCUGCUUUCCAAACUUAGCAAGCUUGGAUUUGGAGGUGGCCUACUACAAUGGUUCCGGUCCUACUUGUCUAAUCGGCGACAGCGCAUUACCGCCCUCGGUGCUACAUCUAACACCUUACCUGUAACCUCUGGGGUACCUCAAGGCUCCAUACUAGGUCCCAUAUUAUUCCUCUUAUAUGUUCAUGACCUACCCGGUCUCGUCAAAUCCAGUCAAGUCGCUAUGUUCGCAGAUGAUGCGAAAAUAUUUAA